GAUCAAAAGAUCGACACAUGUUACUUAUAUCACAGACGCGAAUGAAUAUUUUCUCACUUUCUCGCGAGAUUUUGUUGAAGGAUGUCUAAUUCAGUGAUUCGUUAUUCGCUCGCGGAUAUCGCAAAGUAUAAUGGCAAAAACGGGACCAGAACUUGGAUUGUGCUCUAUGAUAACGUUUACGAUGUGACGGAUUACAUGUCUCAGCAUCCUGGUGGUCCAGAGUUAAUUGAAGAAUAUGCGGGAAAAGAUGCGACAGAUGGAUUCGAUGAAUUCGGUCAUUCUUCAGACGCGAAAAAGAUGCUUAAAAAAUAUUUAAUUGGUGAACUUGAAGAUGGAGAUAAAAAGGCCAAUAGAAAGAAAAAGACUAUUUCUAACGAAACAAAAAUCGAGAAAAUAGAACAUAAACGAAGAACCUUCCUAACAAUAUUAUGCGGCAAGUGUACAGCUUGAAGAAUAUGUUGUUAGAGAGAUAAUUAUAUGUAUAUACAUAUAUACACACAUACAUUGUUUUAUUUAUUAAGUCACUAUCAUUAUAUUUGUUGUAUUUAUAUACGAUAUCGCACAUGACGAUGGGCACGUAAUUUCGAUAAGAAUCAUUAAUUGCAUCGUGAGGAGGAGAGUAUUAAAUACAAUCUGCUUAUCAUAUGUGACAUUGAAUCUUUAAGAACGAACAAGGAAAACCAAUUAUGUCAGGGAAUAUAAAUGAGUCAUAUGAGUAAUUUGCUUAUCGCGUUCGUAGACCUAUGACAAGCAAGCUUUGCGGAAUUUCCAAUUGUUGCAAUUCGAUUUUCUUAACAGAAUUGUGCAAUGAAUUCUAUUUUCCUUGUAAGUUAGUCUUUAAUUUAGCUCAUAGAGUAGAGUUAAACCCUUUAAUUCUUCUAAAUUACAAAGAACAAUUUUAUUAUGAAAAGUACACAAUUGAUUACGUAUUAUCGAUGUAUUUAUAAAGUAACUGAUUAAUAUUGCGAAUUAUGAAAGAUUUCACAAUGUACCUGAAUGAAAUAAUAUGCGUGAAAUAGAUAACAUAUGCAGAUAUAUCUCUGGAUAUCGUCUGUCACGUAAAAACGCUUUGAAAUUACACUUGCGUUGUACAUGAGGAAAAUCCGUUUUAUGAUACGUGUAAUGAAUUAUGCCAAGGUUUCUCCUCCUUUACACGCUAUUGUAAAAUUUCCUCAUCUAAGCUUUCCUCUAUUAGAUCGUGUUACUUAAUUGAAGGACUGUUUAAAUAAAAGAAAUUUAGUAACAUAACUAGCGCUCAAAUAUAUUAUAUAUAAUAUAAAAAAUAUUUAUAGCUAUUUUUGUUAUAAUAGUUGGAAGAAAAUACAUAAACUUAAUCUACAACA